GACAUGGUUGUGCCUUGUUUUCUAAAAUCUUAGUUAAAAUAUCCAGAACAGGGUUCCAAAUAUCUCAGUGUUUGGGACAAGUGGAGGAUAACCACAGUGUUUGCAUCUUUAGUCAUGAUUAGGGCUGGGUAUCAAUCAAAAAUUUUCGAUGCCGAUACGGUCACUUCGAUACCAGUUCCUCAACAAUAUUUUUUCGAUACCAAUUUUAUGAUAUCAGUUCUAACAAAAAGAAAAUUACAUGACACAUUACAGUACAAAUCUUGAGUUUUAUUUUUCAGCUUCAUGCGCUAUUGGCAUCAAUCUUGCUAAAAUGGAGCCACGCUUUUGACCUUGGUGACGUUUUUUAACCGGUUUGACGACACACACACACACACACACACACAACUAACUACAGUUUCUGACACAGAUGCACGUGAACCCCGUCUGCAUGCCGCAAUCACAUGUAACGUUACAGCCAAUCGCCGGCAGCAUGAUCAGGUGUUGAUCAUGUGAUUAACCUCUGGGUACCAAAACUUGGCACCGAAAGACGAGGCAUAUUUUGAUACUUGGUACCCAGCCCUAGUCUGAUCUGGACAUAUUUUAGCUCAUCUGUGUUCAGUAGAGUCUGUCCCAUAGAUGGCUUUAAACUGAAUAAGUGACCCUUGCACAAAAUGCAGAGAUGUUCACUUUCAACAAGGUCUGCUACUCUCUACAGAAAUGGAAAGAAAAUAAGAAGUCAAUAAGAGGCAUUACAAAAUGACCCUCAGUCCAUUACCUUUCAUAGGAUGAGACAGUCUAUACGCUGGAAGAUUAAUGUCAGCGUUCAAGCUGACUGACAAAGAGCAGUAGAAAGCAAGAUUUAUUCAUGUCUGUUUGUGAGUGGUCGUGACCAGACAGGAAAUGUAUGCCAGGCAGAAGGGGAAGCUAAGUGAGAGGUAUCUAGGUCAUCAACUGAGCAGGCUUGGUUUAAACCAAUUUUGUGGUUUGACGUUUAAGUGCAGCUGUGUAUGCAACUACAAGAAUUGCAUGUCUGCAGAGUUUCCACAUAAAAGGUUGCUUGUGAAGUUUUAUAUUGCAUUGUGGAAAUGUGCAAGACAAGACCACAUGAUAUGCGGGUAACACAAUACGCAUAUUAGCUAUCAUAUCAGCAUAUCAGCUGCUGAAACAGAGCUCUGUUUUGGAACCUUUUUCUGGUUGCCGGAUGUGCAUUUGUGGUGAUAACAUCAGCUGAGAGCCAAAGAAGACACAAAAACUGAGAUGGAUCUGCAUGAGAAAUUAAUUGUUGUCAGUGUGCUGCUGCUCACGCUGUACUGCAGCCACACUGCAGCUGUCAGCCUGAAGGAACAUCUGGCUGAGUGUCUGGAGGACAAAGACUACGAUGAGCUGCUGCACACUGUGCGGACCGGCCUCCCUCGCAUUAACACUUCUCAUCAUGUUGUUAUCGUUGGAGCUGGCAUGGCUGGACUGACAGCUGCCAAGUUACUGCAGGACGCAGGACAUAAGGUAACCAUAUUAGAGGCUAGCGGUCGAGUUGGAGGACGGGUGGAGACCCACAGGAAUGAAAAAGACGGCUGGUAUGCUGAGCUGGGAGCCAUGAGGAUCCCAGAUUUUCACCACAUCGUCCACUGGUUUGCUAAACAUCUGGGGGUCAAACUGAAUAAAUUCAUCAUGGAUGACCCAAACACUUUUUACCUGGUUAAUGGGCUGCGGAGGAAGACGUGGACAGUGAAAAAUAACCCAGAUGUCCUGAAAUACAAGGUGUGGCCAAGUGAGAAGAAAAAGUCAGCUGACGAGCUGCUACAACAAGCUUUGCAGAAGGUGAAGGAUGAAGUGGAGGCUCAUGGCUGCAAGGCUGCCCUGAGAAAAUACGACCGUUAUUCUGUGAAGGAGUAUCUGAAAGAAGAAGGAGGCCUGAGUUCAGAAGCUCUGAGAAUGAUUGGAGACCUGCUUAACGAACAGAGCCUCAUGUACACAUCUCUUACUGAGAUGAUCUAUGACCAGACUGACAUCAGUGACAACAUAAUGUAUCAUGAAGUGACUGGUGGGUCGGAUCUUCUCCCCAAAGCUUUUGUGAAUGUUCUCCAGGUCCCCAUCUUCCUCAACUCCAAGGUCAAACGCAUCAGCCAAUCAGAUCAGGGUGUCAUUGUAUGGUAUCAGACAGGCCCACAGUCUUCUCUCACUGAACUUCCUGCAGAUGCUGUGUUGGUAACAACCACGGCCAAAGCAGCCCUCUUCAUGGACUUUGCUCCACCUCUCUCUGUCAGAAAGAUGGAGGCACUGAGAGCCGUUCACUACGACAGCUCCACUAAAAUCAUCCUCACCUUCAGCAAGAAGUUCUGGAAGAGCAAUUGCAUCCGAGGAGGAAAGAGCAUCACUGACAGGCCCUCUCGAUACAUCUACUACCCAAGUCACAGUUUCCCAGCCAAUACAACCGUUGGCGUCCUCCUGGCCUCCUACACCUGGUCUGACGACUCCCUCCUCUUGCUAGGCACGAGUGAUGAAGACCUGAAGGAGCUGGCUCUGAGAGAUCUGGCGCAGAUUCACGGCGAACAAGUCUGGUCCCUAUGCACAGGAGUGGUGGUGAAGAGAUGGAGUCUGGAUCCUUACAGCUUGGGCGCCUUCGCUCUUUUCACACCCUACCAACAUUUGGAGUACUCCAAGGAGCUCUUCAGACGUGAAGGCAGGGUGCACUUUGCAGGCGAACACACAGCCUUUCCUCACGCCUGGAUCGAGACGUCUAUGAAGUCGGCCAUCAGGGCGGCCAAGAACGUUAAUAAUGAGGCUCUCCUGAAUUUUGAGUCUGCUGAAUUCCCAGUGCGAGAUGAGCUCUAAAGGCCAGAAGGUGCAACAUGCUGAGCUAAUGCCACAGCAAUACAGUACAUGUUGAAUGUUAAUCAGUACAGUACAAUAUGGAGUGUUGUGUUCAGUGUGUGCCAAGAACAAUAAGACAAAAAUUUAAAUUUCUAUUUAAAAAAAAAAUCAACUCAGAACAACUUUUUCCAGUGCACAUUUACAAUAGAUUUUUUUUUUCACAUUAAUUGUCUAUACAUGUAUAUCCAGUACAGGUUUGCAGGAGUCCUGGGCAGCUCACAUUGAUUCAGCAUUCAGGCUAACCUGUACCUCUGCAGACUGUGGGAAGACACCAGUACACAGGGUCCAACCAGUUGCUAGAUUUGAACCCAGGAGUGACAUCUCAUUCAUAA